CCAGCAAUGGUUGAAUAAACCGCCUUUAGUGCAGAAGUGUAUCUUUAAUGAAGGCGGACCGAAAAGCAGCUUUCAGUUUCGUUUAUUUGAAUGUGAGAGGGAGGCAAUGCAACUCAACGUGGAGGAACCCGUCCACUUCCUGCUGUUCAAAUAAUGCAGAUGAUACAAUCGCCUCCUUCAUGAAAUCAUUCUUUAAGAGCAUUCCAGUAAAUGACUGGCUGAGUGAGAACAGCGUUAGAAAUAAAGGACAUCAAGGGAUAAAAAGAGGAAGAUGGAGAAACAAAACUGUAAGAAGAGACAGCUGAGGGGAUCGUCCUCCCUCUGCACAUCAGAGAAGAAACAAGCCAAGAGACAAAACUGCCCCAAAUCGUCUGCAGAACAAAAUGAAUCUCAACUUCCUGUUACAUGUGGUUAUAAAGAGGGCUUCUUGCAUUUGAAGAAAUAUAAUAACAAACAGGAGUGCAUCUUCAGUGAAGGCCAGUGGUUCAAGCCCACUGAGUUCGAGAGGUUUGCAGGGAAGGAAAGAAACAAAAAGUGGAAAACCAGCAUCCUUAGCAAUGGGAUUCCACUCCAGAAACUCAUAGAGAAGGCCUUUCUUUCAUCUAAAAACUUUGCGAAAAGCAAGGUUCAGGAUGCAAAGGUUUGGCUGCUAUUGGAUGGUUUCAGAUUUGAUGGAGGAGUUAACUUUCUAGACUGGCAUUGUGGGAGAUGCAUAAGGACAGAAGACGUCUGGCUGAGCCCUGGGGAUUUCACCAUAUUCAACAAACCAGAUGGAAAAUGGAGGAAAGACAUUGUGGCCCAUGGGAUUCCUCUAGGAAAACUUAUAAUGAAAAGAGUUUUGGAACCGCAUAUGAUAAACUGUGAUCAAGUAAGACAUCAUCAUCAUCUCACAAUCACCAUGUCAGAAUAUCAGCAUGACCACCAAACUUUUCAGAAUUCUUUAAAUGUUUUAUUUCUUUAUGAACUCUUGUCCCAGCAGAAUGAUGACGUGUGUUUCGUGUGUGACUCUGAGGGAGAUCUGGUGUGUUGUGACAAAUGCCCACGAGCUUUUCAUUCACACUGUCACCUACCAGCUGUAGAUGGAGACUCACCUGGCCAGUGGAGCUGCACAUUCUGUGUGAGAAAGAAUAUGGAGGAUUCCAGUCGAAAGACCCAACAGGACGUUUUGAGCAGUCCAGUCUCUCAGUACACACAGCACUGCCAGUGUUUGCUGUUACAACUGCUACAUGACUGCAUGACUGACUCCUGCACUAAUGUUCCAGGAUACAGUAAGAAUAUUUGUGGUCCCAUGAUGCUGGGCAGAGUGAAGCUGAAGCUGGAAAAUAACGAUUAUCAAACAGUGCAAGAAUUUGUCUCAGAUAUUAGACAAAUUUUCAACAACUUUUGCACCUCCAGCGCAGAUAAUGACUCCAGUAGAAUGACCUCUAGACUGAAGGAAGUAUUCAAUAAGGAGUUUGAAACAGUCUUUAAGCUCUUAUAACAUCAUGCUGUGGGUUGAAUUUGUUUCUACACCCACUGUAAACGUUUCUCUUUGUGAGCUUUGGUUCGAGGGGAAUGAAAUGCAACCAUGCCAGUGUUUCCAGAUUGAGUGGUUUUGAAUUUGAUUGUGCGGGAAAAAUUGGUUUGGGCGGUGUAGUGAUAAAUUGUAUACUGAAAUUAACCACUAGGUGUCAGUAGUAUAACACUUACCUGUAGAGUGUGGUGAUUGGAAGCCAGUGUAAUAGAAGUUUGGUUGCUGUUCCUGUUAUGGACCUGAAAGGACAAUAAAAACAAGUUUGUUACAAAA